AUGGCGGUGGAGCGCCGCUUGCUGAGCCCGCCUCCAAAGCGAGUGACGUCACGGAGGCGCGCUAGAACGCCUCCUCAGAUCCCGGGGUGCGACCCGCCUCCGGCGGCCACAGAUCCUUGUGCGCAGGCGCGCUGGGAAAGGCCGCCUGGCGCCGCGGUGCGCAGGCGCCGGGGGCUGCUAAGUGAAGCGGCAAUGGACGCCUUGGAGUCGUUGUUGGACGAGGUGGCCCUGGAGGGGCUCGAUGGCCUAUGUCUGCCCGCGCUGUGGAGCCGCCUGGAAACGCGCGUGCCGCCUUUCCCUUUGCCGUUGGAGCCCUACACGCAGGAGUUUCUGUGGCGGGCCCUUGCCACGCACCCAGGAAUCAGCUUCUAUGAGGAGCCUCGGGAGCGACCAGACCUCCAGCUCCAGGAUCGGUACGAGGAGAUUGACUUGGAAACUGGCAUUUUGGAGUCCAGGAGGGACCCGGUCCCUCUGGAGGAUGUCUACCCCAUUCACAUGAUCUUAGAGAACAAGGAUGGCAUCCAGGGCUCGUGUCGGUACUUUAAGGAGAGGAAGAACAUCACCAGCGACAUCAGGACCAAGUCUCUGCAGCCGCGUUGUACGAUGGUGGAAGCCUUUGACAGGUGGGGGAAGAAGCUGAUCAUCGUUGCCUCCCAGGCCAUGCGUUACCGGGCCCUGAUAGGCCAGGAGGGGGAUCCUGACCUGAAGCUCCCCGACUUCUCCUACUGCAUCCUGGAGCGACUGGGCCGGUCCAGGUGGCAGGGGGAGCUGCAGCGAGACCUGCACAGCAGUGCCUUCAAGGUCGAUGCUGGGAAGCUUCACUAUCACAGGAAAAUCCUGAACAAAAACGGGCUCAUCACAAUGCAGUCCCACGUGAUCCGGCUGCCCACUGGAGCCCAGCAGCACUCGAUCCUCCUCCUCCUCAACCGCUUUCACGUGGACAGGAGGAGCAAAUACGACAUCCUCAUGGAGAAGCUGUCGGUGAUGCUGAGCGCACGGAGUAACCGCAUCGAGACACUGGGCAGGCUGAGGGAGGAACUGGGGCUGUGUGAAAGGACGUUUAAGCGCCUGUACCAAUACAUGCUGAAUGCCGGACUCGCCAAGGUCGUGUCUCUUCCCUUGCAAGAGAUUCACCCUGAAUGUGGGCCCUGUAAGACCAAGAAAGGGACUGACGUCAUGGUCCGCUGCCUUAAGCUGAUGAAAGAGUUCAAGCGGAAGAUGGACGACGACCAGGACGAUGACGAGGACGAGGAGGUCAUCUCCAAGGCGGUGCCGCCGGUGGACAUCGUGUACGAGCGGGACAUGCUCACGCAGACCUACGAGCUCAUCGAACGCAGAGGCACAAAAGGCAUCUCCCAGGCUGAGAUUCGUGUGGCCAUGAACGUGGGGAAGCUGGAAGCAAGAAUGCUGUGUCGGCUCCUCCAGAGGUUCAAGGUCGUCAAGGGCUUCAUGGAAGAUGAAGGCCGCCAGCGGACCACCAAGUACAUCUCCUGCGUGUUCGCCGAGGAGAGUGACCUGAGCCGCCAGUAUGCCCGGGAGAAGGCCCGCAGUGAGCUGCUGGCCACCGUGAGCCUGGCCUCCAUGCAGGAGGAGUCGCUCCCGCCCGAGGGCGAAGACGCCUUCCUCUCGGAGUCGGACAGCGAGGACGAGGGCGGCAGCAGCAAGCGGAAAGGCCGAGGGCCCCAGGGGGAUGCCAGGGCCUCCGGCAGCCUCGGGCUGGGGGCCCAGCCUCAUCACUCCACCCCCACCAAGGGUGGGUGGAAAGUCGUGAACCUGAACCCUCUCAAGCGGCAGCCACCUGCCUUGGCGGGAGCUGCCGAGGGUGCCGCGUGCGGGAGCCGCACCGGCACCGACAACCUCCUGGACACCAGCAGCUCCUCAGAGCCCAGCUUCGGCUCGCACCACAUGGAGAAUGACACUGGCGACAUUGCCUUGAUCGAGGAGGUCCGGCUGGAAAACCCCAAGGAGAGCAGCGGUUCCCAGAAGAGCGGGAAGCACGGCCCCGGCCAGGACAAGCAUGAAACCUACCGGCUGCUGAAACGCAGGAAUCUGAUCAUAGAGGCCGUCACCAACCUGCGUCUGAUCGAGAGCUUGUUCACGAUUCAGAAGAUGAUCAUGGAUCAGGAGAAGCGGGAAGGCGUGUCCACCAAGUGCUGUAAGAAGUCCAUCGUCCGCCUGGUGCGGAACCUCUCCGAGGAGGGGCUCCUGCGGCUCUACCGGACCACGGUUAUCCACGAUGGGAUCAAGAAGAAGGUUGAUCUGGUUGUGCACCCAUCCAUGGACCAGAACGACCCUCUGGUAAGAAGUGCCAUUGAGCAGGUUCGCUUCCGGAUCUCCAACUCAAGCACAGCCAAUAGGCAAGUGGCAGACAGGAAGGACCGCUCAGCAAGGCCACCAGGCUCGGCCAAAGUUCCCCCACCCCCGCCACCCCAAGAGGAAGUGGAAGAAGAAACUCCAGUGGCAGAGGCCCCCAGCGCAUCGGGAGCCUCCCAGCUGAACACCUCCAAUAAAGUAGAGAGUGCACGCGUGAAAAAGACAGACGAAAAGAUGGGCAUCACCCAGCUGAAGAACUACAACCCCGUCAUCGUUCCAGGACUUGGCCGCUCUCUGGGGUUUCUGCCCAAGAUGCCUCGCCUGCGUGUGGUGCACAUGUUUCUGUGGUACCUGAUCUACGGGCACCCUGCCAACAAGACGGCGCACAAGCCCGGCGGCGAGAGGAGGUCCCGACGGCAGGAGUCGAGCAGGAUGAGGGCCCAGGCUGCCUCUGCAAGGCACACGGAGGCCUCCUCGGAGGGCAGGGAGACCGUCACCUGGGAGGCCGAAGUGGAGCUCGACACGGAGACCGUGUACGUGAAUGAAGUCUCGUGGAUGCGCUACGUCCCUCCUAUCCCGGUGCACAGGGACUUCGGCUUUGGCUGGGCUCUCGUCAGCGACAUUCUCCUCUGUCUGCCCCUCUCCAUCUUCAUCCAGAUCGUGCAAGUCAGCUACAAGGUGGACAUGCUUGAGGAGUACCUGAACGACCCCCUGAAGAAGCACAUGCUGAUCCGCUUCCUCCCCAGGGCCCUCCGGCAGCAGCUCCUGUAUAAGAGGCGUUACAUUUUCUCGGUGGUGGAGAGUCUUCAGAGGCUAUGCUACAUGGGACUGCUGCAGUUUGGGCCCACGGAGAAGUUUCAGGAUAAAGAUCAGGUCUUUGUUUUCUUGAAGAAGAACGCGGUCAUCGUGGACACCACCAUCUGCGACCCCCAUUACAACCUGGCGCACAGCAGCCGGCCCUUCGAGCGCCGUCACUACGUCAUGAACUCCAUGCAGGACGUGGAGAACUACUGGUUUGACCUGCAGUGCGUCUGCCUCAAUACCCCGCUAGGUGUGGUGCGCUACCCACGCGCGCUGAAGACCAGCGGCUCGGAUCAGGGUAGUGAUGAGGAGGGCACCUUGCGGAAGGAGCAGGAGAACGCCGUGGACAAGCACAACCUGGAGCGCAAGUGUGCCUUGAUGGAGUACAGCACGGGGAGCCGCGUGGUCGUGGAUAAAGGCGUGAUCCCCGGAGACGGGCUGGGAGCCGCUGGCCUCGAUUCCAGCUUCUACGCUCACCUCAAGCGCAACUGGAUCUGGACCAGCUACAUCAUCAACAAAGCCAAAAAGGAAAACAGCGCCUCGGAGAGUGGGCUCACCGUGAGGCUGCAGACGUUCCUGACCAAGCGCCUGUUGCCGCCCAGGGCUACAGGCAGCAGCAAGCUGGGUCUCUGGGGAGAAGCAAGGAAAGGCGCGAAGCUCUCCGCCGAUCGCGAUGAGCAGUGCGAGGUGGCCUGGGAAACGCUGGACAGGAACUGGCGAGUGAGGGGCGGCAAGAGCCAGAAGCGGAAACGGCUGAAGACGGACCCGGGCAAGACCAGGAAAAGCAACAAAGGUUGUAUGAGCGCCGCUGGCACCUCCUGGCCUCGGCCUAUGCGUCUGUGCCACUGCCUCCCCAGGCCGGGCCUGCGUUCUUUCUGUCUCCAUGUCCCCUCCGCAGGUAGCGCUCCCUCUGAGCCGUGGUCGUUUCAUUGUCCACAUCCAUCUGGCCGACCGGGAGAGGCUCGGGUUUCCCGUGCGCCUCCCCAGCUCUCUCUGUCUGUAUUUUGUGCAGUCUUUAGGAAGUCCCUCG